AUGAGCACGGACGUCACGGGCGUCAUGCGCACCCUCAUCUCCGCCCAGCUCAUCAAGCCAGGGCCGCGGAAGCUUUACGUGACCUACUACCGCACCAAGACGCACGCCGACCUCUUGCCUGAUGGUGGCAUGCUCUUUGAAGGCCAGCGCUACGUCAAUCCGUCGGCGUUGGCGGUCGCCAUGAAGCGCUCGCUCAACCCGGGCAUGAAGACACGGCACGACCCGGGGUGGGCCUCGCUCUACGCCAGCGAUACAGGCGACUGCCUCAAGGACUUGCGCGAGCAGAUCAUCCCCAAGAACUCUGCCGCUGCAUCCACAUCUGCCGCACGGAGCCGCGCCGCCGAGGUCGCGCCCGAUCCACCCACGCGUAGCCGCGUCGUCGAGGCGCCGCCAGCCCCGCGCGAGCUGUGUGCGAUCUGCUCGCGCGACCGGGGCUCGCUCGACCUCUGCGUCAAGUGCGAAGCCUGCGCCGCUGUCCACCACAAGGCGUGCGUCGACGACACCAACACGACUACGACAGCUUCAGCGUACUACUGCAGCAAAUGCAUCGACCACCACUGCUCGUUGGUGCAAAGCCUCUUGCGCGACCUACGCCAAGUCGUUGUCAAGUACGGCGCCGUAUCCAGCGAGGCAAUCACCGAGAACGAGCCGGCUGCCAUCAAUGACGCAUCCUCGGUUGCCAGUCCGCGCAUCAAGGACGAAGAAGAGACCAAGGAAAUGGAGACAGCCGCGACCUCGUCUUCGUCGCUCAUGGCGCUCGGCGCCAGCGAUGACGUCGUUGACCUUGACGCCCUCGCCGCCGAUGUCUCGCCGGCGACCGCCACGUCGCUGCUGACGCAGAUCGACGGGAUGCUCCAGCGUCUCGGCGCCAACGACCAGCGCAUGCAGCUACUGCUCAACAGCACGGGCGAGGUGCUCGUGCAUCUCGCAUCCCUCGACAUGGCCAAGGCGCUGCUCGCAAUCGACCACGACUUGAAGAAGGUGGCGACGUCAUGCACCCGAGACAACGAUGCGAAUGCAGACCACUUUUCGCCGGGCGUAGACGGUCUCGUGCACGUUUUGAACCUGCGACAUGGCGUUCUCUCAGCCCGGUACCACUUUCAACGCACAGUGACGGCGCUACAGACGCUCUCGGAGAAGCGACUGCGGUCCUGCGACAUCCGCGAGGCCAAGACCUGCGACGCGUGGCAGAAGGAGCUGCGCAUCUACAACGAGUGGGCCGCCAAGAUGGCGUCGGCCAAAGCCAGCGUCGCUGCGAUCCAGCACGAAAUUGCGCAGAAGAACGCCCUCAUUGACAAUGCGGUCCGCCACCGCAAGACUCUGCGUGCAAUUAGCUUGGCCAAACGCUUCAUUCCUGCGUACCGUGAGUGCACGCAAGGCCUCCAAGGCAGCGCCGACUACCUCCUCGUGACGAUCCUUGCCGACAAGCUCAAGGGCCUCGCGCAGUCGAUCAAAAAGUGGGAGUUGAUGGGAGCGCACUACACUGGCAUGAAGAGCGUCCUCCUCGCGCGCAAGGAGAGCCUCAAGCGGAAACGAGAUGCGAAUGAAGAUGAGCAUGAGCUUUUGCCGGCACUCAAGCUCGCCAAGCGCGACGUGACGCUGCCGAGUCCGCCGCUGGCCAAGCUCAUUGACCGCCAAGUGCUCGAGAUGGAGACCAACCUCGAUAACAUUGAGUCGCACAAGAAGGACGCCCUCGGGACCCUAGCCGCGAUUGAGAAGGCGCUCGAUGCGCAUCAACACGCGACCGAGUCGCUGCCCGAGUGGAGUACGCUCCUUGGUACCGUGCGUGAUAUGAUGCGUCGCUGUGAGCCCCCGCGCGAGGAGCCACCGACGCCCGAUGUCCUCGACGAGCCCGAGGCGAGCGAGGAGGUUGUGGCGGCGGCUCAUGACGACGGUACCGAGACGGAAGACGAAGAGACGGAAGAAGCCGACAGCCCCGUGGCGCCGGUCGUCCAACCAGAGCCGCCUGUCGUACAAACCGAGGCGCCGGUGAAGACUGAAGCACCGGCCGUCCAAGCCGAGGUGCCGGUCGUCCACGCCACGCCGGCGGCAGAGCACACACCGGCCCCAGUUGUCAACAAUGCGAUGCCGUACAUCAAGCCUGAAGUACCAGCGUUUGAGCCCUACUCCGCAGCAACCUUUGCGCCACAAUGGCCGGCUGCCGCCCCGCUGCCAAGCGAGCGGUCUGCGCUUUCGGUCAAGGACGAGAUAUUGGCCGCCGUCCCUGCGCCGUCCGUGGCGCCCGCACGGCCGAUCGAGCACGACAUAAUCGUCAUUGACGACAGCGACUAG